AUGAUAGAGUUAAAGAGUCUGGGAGUGACAUGCACAGGCAGAGGUGGAGGGAGCUCGGCGCAUGAGAGGAAUCAAGAUGCACUUGGCAGACAGCAGCUGGAGGGAACCAUCACAUCAGCUGACACACCACCUCAAAUCUGCAGGGACAGGACGGACAGACGGAGCAAAGGGGACUCGGACUGGGACAUACAGGAAGUGAAUGUGAAGGAGACAGAGUUGGACAGCAAGGUGUCGUAG